UUUGACGUCUGUCAUUGUGUUACAACAACAUUCCUCUUUUGCGGUUAGUUCUGAUCUAUUUAAUUGUUAUUUACAUUCGUCAUACGACUACUAAGUAUGUCGAUAGUUAAUGGAAUCACCUCGACGAAUUGACAUCGAUAACGUGGACAAUUCGUUUAAUUUCACUUAAGAGACACGUACCACUCGUUACAUUCAGGAAACUGUUGGCAAUGGAGUUACAGUGCAAAGUUCAAAAUUAUGAGUGGGGGAAGUUAGGUCUAGAUAGCACAGUAGCUAAAUUACUCUCUAGUGCUAAUCCUGACAUAGCUAUUGACCCAAUGAAGCCAUAUGCUGAGUUAUGGAUGGGUACACAUCCAAAUGGCCCAUCCCUCAUCAUUGAUAGGGAUGUACUGUUGUCGGAAUACAUCAAAGACAAUCUAGAUGCCAUAGGACCUGCAGUUAGAAAGAAGUUUGGAGUUGCUGUACCAUUCCUCUUUAAAAUAUUGUCUAUUAGAAAAGCACUGUCUAUUCAAGCUCACCCAAACAAGGAGCAUGCCGAAGAACUCCACAAGAACUUCCCAGAUAUGUAUAAAGAUCCAAACCACAAGCCUGAGCUUGCAAUUGCACUGACACCAUUUGAGGCUCUUUGUGGCUUCAGGCCGCUCUCAGAGAUUCAAGGAUAUCUUAAAAAUUUGCCAGAACUUACCAGCAUUUUAUCUAAGGAUAGUGUAGACAACCUCCUUGCUUACCAAGAACAAGGGGAGAGUGGGACUGUCCUCAAGCCUUUGUUCCAGGCUCUGAUGACAAGUGAUAAGGGUGCUAUAACGAAAAGUUUACAAAGUCUGCUGGACAGACUGGAAAAAGCAGAUGUAACAACGCAGUCAACGUUACUCUACCCGCUGCUGCGCCGCCUGCACUCCGACUUUCCCGGGGAUGUCGGCUGCUGGUCUCUAUACUUCAUGAACUACAUGCAGUUGAGUCCAGGCCAGGCUAUAUUCCUGAAGCCCAACUUGCCACACGCUUAUUUAAGCGGAGAUUGUGUAGAAUGCAUGGCUUGCUCGGACAACGUUGUGCGAGCAGGCCUCACACCCAAACACAUCGAUGUGGCGACCCUAGUUGACAUGUUGGACUACAGCAGUUACGCGCUAGACCAGCUGCUGUUCAACCCUCAGCUAGAAGACGCCAACUCCUGCAUUUGGAGACCACCAGUCUCUGACUUUGCUGUUGUUAAGAUUAGGUUGGAAUCCGGCGACACAUACAACACACAGAACCGUCCCAGCCCGAGCCUGCUUAUCGUGACAUCAGGAUCUGGAGAGGCCUGUGACACAGAGCCGAUCCCCGCUCGUCCUGGAACUGUCAUCUUCCUGAAAGCCAGCAGACAACUAACGUUAAAACCCACUGGUGAUAGCCACUUAGAAGUAUACCAAGCUAUAUGUAACGUGUGAUACGUAGGAAUUAGAUUUUAUUGAGUCAUUGUUUCUCAAUCUCUUGUGUUGUGGAAAAAAAAUUGUCUGUCCACAAUUUAUUUUGGAAGGAAACUAAGAGGAAGUUUUCUCUUUGCUUCUUUUAUAUUGAAUGCAAUUCAUAAUUUUUAAUGGUGUUGGGAAUAUAAUAUAUAUCAUUGAUACUCGUAUUUAUAAAUCCUGGAAAUCCAUGGAAUAAAAAUGAAUGAGAUUAAAAUAUUUGUUGAAGAUUUAACAUAAUUAUGACUUUAAUGCUGCUUUUGAGACAGAAAGUUUGAGAAACAGUUGAUCUAACAACAAAUUAUAAUUAUUAUUUUAUUCCUGUAUUAUUUGUAAACUUUAAGUUUAUUUUUAUUAUGUUCCUUACUGUUGAUAUAAAUCAUGUGAUACGUUAGACGAGUAGUCGUAAAGCGUACUAGUUUAAGGUUUGCGUUUUGAUUAUUGCAUUGUUUAUUUCUAGUAUUAUUGUUCCUAAAAAUAUGUGCCUUUUAUCAAUAAAUUUAGUUUUUAGUAAA